AUGAUUGAUGAUUUCUCCGAUGAAAUGAAAUUGCUACCAUUUUCAUUUUAUUUUGAUAAUUUAUUUACCAGCUAUCCUUUGUUGGCUUAUUUGAAAUCAUGCGGAUAUAAUGCUACGGGAACAAUACGUGAAAAUCGCAUUCCAGCAAGCUGUCCACUAGCACAUAAAAAAACUUUCAAGUCGAUGGAAAGAGGUUAUUCCGAAUCGAUUGAGAUGAAAAGCACAGGUAUUCGUUUGGUGAAGUGGAAAGAUAAUAGUGUUGUCUGCAUGUUAUCUACUUGCUUUGGCGAAAAUCCGAAGUCCAUGGCACAACGUUAUUCUAAGGAAAGGGGAGCUAAAAUAAAUGUACCCCGUCCUCUUGCAAUCACGGAAUACAACAAAUAUAUGUGCGGAGUAGAUCGAUUGGACCAAAAUUUGGCUCAAUAUCGAAUCGCAUAUAGAGGAAAGAAGUGGUGGUCUAGUAUUUUUACCUGGCUCAUAGAUGCUUGUAUUCAAAAUGCUUGGCAGCUUUAUCGAAAAGACCAACCGACAAUGACUCAGCUUGAGUUUCGAAAACAACUUGCAGUAUACUACUGCAAACAUUAUGGUACAAAAGCCAAAACAUCUGGUCCUAUGACCUCCCACAGAUAUGCACAACAGCCGGGUCGAGGUCGAACACACUCUCCGUUAUGA